AAAAAAACCCUUUGGAUUCUCCUUAAUUCUAUUUGCCAAAGCUAUCUCAUGUGCGGCAAUGUUUUUUUUUUCAAAGGCCUGAUUCACAUUCUAAAUCUAGGAGUAUAGUGCAGUCACCACAUUUCUAUUGCUCCAUUUCUGGCAGUCUAAUUUAUCUUUUGUUUUUCUCUCCAGUCUUUUAUUUUGUUCCACAGCAUAGAGCCUUUCCCAUUCUCAGGAUGUCCCAAAACACUUCACAACCAGUGAAUUACCCUUAGAAACAUUUUCUGGCAUCGGUAACUCCACUGUCUUUGACAAAUGGCAUGAGGAAGAAAUGCUGUUUGCAUUAAGGAAGCAGUUCCAGAAGGCUGAGUCUGACUUGGAUUAUAUCGAGCACAAGCUAGAGUUUGAAAUAGUGAAAAAUCUUCCUCGCAACGCACCAGCACAGGAAAAUCCAGUAAAACUGCUGGAGCAGCUGAGGGUAAUAAAAUCUCGUUAUCGCGAGUUAUCUUUGGAGGCAGAUCAGAUUGCCAGUGAACAAAAAGAGGCUGUGGAUUUUAUCCGUUCGCAACUUGCUACCACGUUUCAGUUAGUGCAGAAACUGCAAGAGCAGAGUGACCUCGAGUCUUGUCCACCCACUGACGAUGAGCAGUGGGCUUUGCAGAAGGUUCUGAAAUCUGAGGUUUUGACUGGAGCAGGUCCUUGUGAGGAACCUUGUGCGCAAUCUCCAAAACCACAGCAGAUGAAAGUUGAGUUUGAACCAGUCACUGAGAAGAUGUUCAUGUCUGUACCGCAGAGUGUGAGGCAAACUGUAAAACUUGCUGAUUUGAACAUGUUUUAUCAGCAACUCUUUGAUUACUUCACAAACAACAAAAAUAGUUCUGCGCUGAGUGUGAUACAGAUGAACAAGCUCAACAUGAAAGCAACUGAAUCAAAGUUAAAAACAUUAAAAGCUCUUGAAAUCCUUCAACUAGACAAAAAAGGACGAGUCCGACUUUCCAUCAAACCCUCAUAAAUGCUGAGAGUCCUCUAUCAGACUGGGUUUUCUCACUUGGACCUUGCAUAAAUCAGAGAGGAUUGCAAAACCAUUUCACUGUCUUGUUUGGAGGUUUCCAAACUUUAAGAUAUGGAUUCAAGGAUCUUUUGGAUUGUUAAUUAAAAUUGAGCAUGAAGCCAUCUGGAAACUGCAACUUGAGGUCUAGAAAGCUGUUUUCAGUUGUGACCUUGCUGUGCAUUAGGAGCUGGUCUUCCUAGAGUGGACUCGAUUGUUAAGACAGAGGCAAUGUCACUUUAAUUGGCAGUGGAAUCAUGCGCCAUAUUUUCUUAGCUUUUCAAUGCUGUUGGUUCUGGAUUUUUUUUCUAAUGAGAGCAGCUGAUCAAGGGAAAUAUGUAACUUUACCUUUAGUUGCUUUAAAUCGCCUAAAAUAGGCUGCAACAGAAGUGGUGAGUUUGCAUCUGGGGAAUGUUCCCUUGCCCACCCCAAACAAAUUUGGAUAAGUUGGAUCUGUGUGCUAUAUGUUGUUCCGUACAUGGACAGUCAAAAUUCCAUCCGAGUAGCUGUUACCUCAUAAUAACCACCUUCACAGCAUUUAUAUUUAACUCUCUUGCAGUUCCCUGACCCUUGCACAAAGCAUUGAAAAAGAGCAGAUAUUGUACAUUUAGUGACCAUUGUCUUUUGAUUGGUAAUUUGUGUGGGGGAAGAAAUUAUACAAUGUAUUGUCACUUCCUAGUUCAUAGAAUCUUGUGGAAAGUCUAAUUUUUGCUGAUGGUGUUUGGCUGGUCUGCACUGAGCUGAAGGUGUAAAGUUAGGAGAUUGAGUUGAAAUUUAAAAUUCUAUAUUUGAUAAUCCUGAAACCAACAGAGGAAAUAAGCAAAGAUUUGCUUAAGUUUUAUUUUGGUUCUUUCAUACUGAAAAGAUUCUUUGUACUGAUAUAUUCAGCUGUUUUUGUAUAAUUGCAUGAACAAAUGAAUAAGAUAGCUGAAUGGUCAAUUUUUGUUGAAUAAAGUGAAAUGAGGUUAUUAUGGAUUUUCUUCAUUACUUAUGUAGCCUUAGUUAAGGAUGGCUGCAAUGGAGAAUUGAACAUUCAUCAUUUUGAAUUUGGCUACACAGUUUAAAUCAAUCACCAGUUGGUUAGUUGCAAAUCAGUGGUAAUGAAAAGGCCUUACGGUUGCUCAUUGACCCAAUGUUAAACCAUGUUUAGUUUUAGUCCCUAGGGGAAGAGAGAAAGUGAGUGGUGGUGGGAUGUGGGUUUAAAGCUGCAAUUCGAUGUAAAAAUGAUUUCCUAUCUUGUACCUGGCAAAUACUGAUGUUUGAACAGUUAUAAUACCUCCUUAAUGCAAUCUGUUGACACAGAUUCCAGCAAAAUCCAUGGUGUAAAAUUUAAGUUUCAUUUUAUCAUUUUUCACUUUUCUUGUAUCGCUGAUUUUGUUAUCUGUUAAAUUCUGCAUACUUAUUCUCUCUCUUCACUCUUCUCUCCUCACUUGUCAGUGGUUUCUCUAGUUCAUAGCUUUACGUAUUAUGUGUCAACAUCCAGGUUAUUUGUUGAAAGUUAAUAGGAGGGGUGUGGGAUACAUUCAUGUACGUCCAACAUAAAUGAGAUGCAUUAAAGGACCAACUGGUCCACAUAUCUUUUAAAAAGUCUUUGUUGCGGGUUGUAUACGGAUUUUAAGUUCUAUGCAGAAUAGCUUGCUUUCAAAUUCACAAGAUAUUUUGAAAAUCUUGGGUUUGCUCCAGUGAUAUUCAACAUGUUUCAGCUGCUAAGAUCGCUUCCAACAGCUUUUAAGUGAGGAAUGUUGCCCCAUGUCCACAUCUUGGAAAGAUAGUGUGAAGAUGGUGGCAUUACUGAUUGUCAUUAGAAAUCAGACUUGUUCAUUAAUGUCCCUUAGGGAAAGAAAUCUGCCAUUGUUACCUUGACUUGUGAUUCCAGCCCCAAUAGCAAUGUGACUGACCUUAACUUUCCCUAGGAAAUUAAGAAUAGGCAAUGAGAGUGGUGAAUCUGUGGAAUUCAUUGCCACAGAAGGCUGUGGAGGCGAAGUCAUUGAGUGUAUUUAAGACAGAAAUAGAUAAGGUUUUUAUUAGUAAGGGGGUUGAAGACAGCAGAAUGGCAGAGCAGACUUGAUGGGCUGAAUGGUGUAAUUCUGGUCCUAUAACAUAAGGUUUUAUAUGUUGGCCUAGUCAGUGACAGCCCAUCAGCACAUUUAAAAACAGUCAUAACAUUGUAGAAAAUAACGAAUUAGAAACCAGCAGAACAGAAGUAAAGGUAGGCCAAUAAGUAAGAAAACCUGGAAACAGCCCAAAGUCAUUAAGCCCCUUCAGUCUGUGCUGCUACUUAUUUGGAUCAUGCCUUAUCUAUUUUAACUAUUCUCCUACCUGGAGAGGUCAAGAUUCUCAGAUACCACCUAUGUUUGUGUAUUGUGGUUUGAGGGUAAAGAUGAUAGAAUUUCCUGUUUCACUCUAGAUUUAACAUUGGGAACCCAGAAAGAGGAGACAAUCAAAGGGCGGUUCCUCUGUAUCCAUCAGAUUGUUUAAAGAUUUUCAUCAAAUCAGCCUUCCCUCAAAAACUGGUUAAAGCACAUCACAGAAUGCCAUUUAGAGUAGAUACCUUGCUGAUUUCUAAGUUUACCAAACCUGUGUUGUCACUCAUAUUCUGGACCAAGUAGUACAUUUAAACACUUGUACUAAAUUUAUUAUAUUUGGUAAUAAUUGAAAAAUCUGUAAAGGGAUUUUGAGGAUACAGCACAUUGGACAGCAUAGUGUACUUCAUAUUCUCUUAAACUGUAAUUCCUCCUUGUGGAAUUUAAUAUCAAGUCCUGGUUUCAUCCAAAAUGAUGACUCUGCCAAAACAAAACAUAGGUGGGAUAUUGCAUUAAAUUAGUUCCUGAAGGUCAACUGGCAUUUGCCGUUCUAUCUUUUAAUUCCCCACCUUAUGAUUCAUUGUGAAACAUGCCAGUUUCCACAUGUCCAGAUGUAAUGUAUUCCCCAUGUUAACACCAUUUGUGUUUUCUCUCACCUAUCCACUUAGUUGUAUUUCCAAUUAUAUAAUUUCCAGUGCAUUAAUAGUUAUCCAAAUUAUCACUGGCUGUACAUGUUUUCUUUAAUAAAAUUAAUAUCUAAAA